AUGGGCAACGCGCCCACGGCUAGGAAGGGCAGCGAGAUGGAAAGCGGUGGGUACCGUCGCAAGUAUGCAUCACUUGUGAGCAGCACUUGCUCUGUAGCAGCCUCAUGUAAUGAUCAUGGACGAUGUGAUACAGAAGGCCAUGUUAGCUUUACAUAACAUGCCAUAUACUCUUGAUAAGAGGCCCUUUCUUGCUUUUUAGUUCAUUAAGGUCCACUCCUACGUCCACGUCUAAGACUUUGCAGCAAACAAAAUGUAAUUGUGAUAUAAUGAAACUUGCAGGGCUAUGCGUAGAUGUAGGGGACAAUAAGGCAUUCAUUUGUGGAUGAAUUGUAUAAGUUAGCAGAGGAAGAGUGUGGUGCUGUGUCCAUGCCUUCAGAACAGCCAGCAGCUAUUGUAUGAUUGUAUGCUGCUAGCGUCUUGGCAUGGUUACAUGUAAUAUUGGGGAUAUCACAACCACCUAUGUGUGAGAUAUUUCCCAAACAUUCCAGCCCUGUUGCUCCAGUCCUUUGGAUAGAGAUGCCACUGAUGUAGUGUGUGGGUGAGCUCAAUCUAAUCUUUUCUGGUUAGUGAAAGCACAGAUGUCUACAGGUUUAGCUGAGCUAGUCUGAGUGUGUCUGCUGCUCUGGAUGUUCAACACAGAUGUGGUCAAUAAUCAUUCACCAUGGCUUUUUUUUUUUUACUAUAAGGCAGUGGUUCUCAAGUCCAGUCCUCGAGGCCCACUCUCCUGCAUGUUUUAGAUGUUUCCAUGCUCCAACUCACCUGAUUCAAAUGAUCAGCUCGUUAUCAAGCUCUGUAAUGACUUAAUAACGAGCUGAUCAUUUGAAUCAGGUGUGUUGGAGCAGGGAAACGUCCAAAACAUGCAGGACAGUGGGCCUCGAGGACUGGACUUAAGAACCACUGCUAUAAGGCACAAAAUACAGGAGAGAAUAUAUUUGUUUGUAACUACAGUUGAGCAUCAAUAAUGAAUCUGAGUAUCUCAUGCUCAAUUCAUUUUGCAUUUUUGCUGGCUGUGCUGAUGAUCUACAGUUUUUUUUCCCACUGUGUUAUUAUUUGCUGCAGCCAUAGUGUGCGCAAGCAUGGGUCAAGUGGAUCUGAGUGUGUCUGAGCACCCACACCUUGGAGCUGCUUGGUACAAACGCCCAUGUGCUCCAUCUCUGGAUGAAACUUUGAUGCCUUGCUGAUGUAGUCCAGGAUGUCACCUGUUUUGCUGUAAUUGGUAACUAACAAUGCCAAGUCUCAACAGCAACUGGGAUUUAGUAUUUUGCUGAAAGUGCACAAAGUUGGACUUGUUUUAUGGCUGACUAUUUUCUGGUGUGUUCCCUCUCCUCAGAGAGCAUCAUUAGUGAUAACUUGCGGAGAGAGGUUUAGAAAUCUGGUUGACAUCAUUGAGGUUAUAUUUUUACAGACCAACAAAACUACAGCAAAUAGCAGUGAAACAAUGAUACAUGGCAUUUUAGAACUAUUUAUCAAGAAGGGAAACCCGCCCUUAUUUUGAGAAUCAGCAAAGAGCCCCUCACAGAUGUUUCCUCAGGCAGCUGUUCCAAGACUGUUAUUGAGGCUUAUUUAGCUGCUUUCUUCUGUCCCUUAUAAACAAACUAUACACCGGGGCAGUAAAAUUGUUCAUACCCUGGCACAAAAUUUAAAAAAUGAGUUCAUCCUACAAACCUUGGGUGCAUGAUAUCUAUUUUCGAUCUGACCUCUUUUCCUUUUUUGUUUUUGUGUAUCUGUUAAGGUUAUAAUCUAAAGAAAGCAGUCAAGAAGUAACAAGCAGUCUCUAAAUUUAAUACAAUAUGAACUGAAUUAACUUUAUUUCUUGCAAGCACUCAUAAUAAUUGAAUAAUUCAUUCAAGCAAAAGAAGGAGCGAUCUUCCUGGUUUUCUUUCAGUCUUUACACACAUACACCGCUGAAGCCUGUCUUGUGGUUUUGUUCUCCACAGUCAAGGAGUUCCUUGCUAAAGCCAAAGAGGACUUUCUUAAAAAGUGGGAGAAUCCUGCACAGGUAAGUAUUUGGAAGAAUAAACACCUAUUUUUUCCUUUUCUGAUAAGCCUUGUUCUUGUUUUCAUGGGCCAACACACAGUCGUGUGAAAGUUUGUAAUGUAUGAACUUGUUUUUUUAUGUUCUUCCAGCUACAGCUUUAAUUGAAUGUUUAUUUGAUUUGAUUUGAAAUACCACACAAACAGCUGCUAAAAUAUGUAGAAUUAUUUUUUUGUUUGCUCUUCUUAACUCAAGUUAAAAUAAGUGUGUCCAUAUUUUCAAAGAAAUGCCUGCUUUUUUACAUAUUGAUCUACUCAAUUGUAAUGCAUUUGGUAUAAAGUAAUUGUGGGAAUUGUCAUCAUACAUCUCCAAAAUACACCAGAAUUAACCGAUGUUUGUUGUCUGUGCAUGCAGAACACUGCUUGCCUGGAGCAGUUUGAGAGGUUGAAAACCCUGGGCACGGGCUCAUUUGGCCGUGUGAUGCUGGUGAGGCACAGAGAAACAGGACAGCAUUAUGCCAUGAAGAUCCUCAACAAGCAGAAGGUCAGUCUUGGUCAGGGGUUGGGGAGGGUGGUUAAGUAUGUCUGUCAUUUGAGGACACUCACAGGAUCUAGCAGGAUGGCCACAGAUAAGAUGGAAACAUCACUGAGGCAAAACUGUACUCACACAGCUUGAAACAUUAUUGGAGGGAGACAACUCACCAUAUUGAUAGUAGAACCAUGUAAAAUGCUAGAGUCACACUGAGUGUCAUUUUCUUUAUAGUUUUCACUUCAUGUUUAAAGAUGAUGUAAGCAACUUUUGGUUUGUGUUGAGUUUGGCACCCCUUUGGGCAAGGAUGUACAUGUAGUAGCUUUGCCGAUUUUUUUCCGUUACAUCUCUGGUUAGUUUUCUCUAAAUACCCCCCCCCCCCCCCACACACACACACACACACACACACACUUUCUUUUAACAAUCAAAUGUGUCACUAAUUGUGAAUACUGGCUGCUGAAAAGGUAAAAUAACAGCUGUUUCUGUUGAUUGUAUGGUUUGACACUUAACCCCCUGGAAGUGCUUUCAGGGUUUAAGAAUUACAAUCAGAAAUAUGCUGUCAUCUUGCUGUCUGUCUGUUUCAACCCCGGCAAAAACUCCUAGCAGUGGAUUUAACAUCAGCUGUUAAAGUCAGUGCAAGUCACCUGUAGUGGUUUAGUAAGUGCAGCUUUGUAAAAUUAACCAUAACAGGAAUUUACUGAGGCACCCUUUAAAAAUGUACCCUUUUUAAGUCACGGCUUGCAGGAAAAAUGACAUGGGGAAAAAAAAGAAGCAAUACAACAAAGAUGAGCAGAUUUUUUUUUUUUUUGCACCAGCAGCUGUUGACUGAGAAGUAACAGCUGCCGGAAGAGGACAGGUAGGAUAGUGAGUAUUACAUUAUUUUACAGAAGAUUAUGGUGGUGCAAAGUAUCAUAAGAGAGUACACAGAUAUUGAUUUUGCAUUUAUUCACAUCAACAAUGGAAAAGCUUGGUAUGUAAAUAUGUGAAUAUUAUGUAACCCUGGCAGUGAUGGUUUUUUAGGCUAAUUUGAUCAAAGAUAUUGACAUUAUCUUUCCACAUUAUCUUGUCAUCUCUUUUCUCCUUUUAGUUGUUUUUGUUUUUUGUAACUCAACUCGCCGGCAACUUCAGGAGUGCUUUCUAGAGUGUUUAUGGCAUUUGAAAGUUGCAGUGUUUGUCUGUUUAAUGCUCAUUAAUAAAAAGUCUAAAAAGUCUCAUAUUUAUUCUUCUAUAGUGAUAAAUCAUCCCUCUGUCUUUCUCCUGCUCUUGUCUUUUCAGGUGGUGAAGCUCAAGCAGAUAGAACACACUCUGAAUGAGAAGAGGAUUCUUCAGGCCGUCAGCUUUCCUUUUCUGGUUCGGUUAGAGUACUCAUUUAAGGUACGUAUUGUUUUUAAUGGUUUUGGAAGUAGUUUGGUGUGUAUUUAACCCAUAGACUGUAUACACUAAGGACAACUUGGUUCCGCCUUCUGUCAUGGAUUUGAAGCCAAAUUGCUCUCUGUAUUUCUGGGAUUUUCUCCACUUCCUGUAACCAUCACUUGCGCAGUAGUGUCGUACGCAUUUGGCGGGAAGGCUGUUUGUCCACAGCUCCAUAGGGAUUGCAGAAGGAGGCGGGAUUUCUGACCUAUACCGCAGCCCGUUGCUAGAGGGUGCUGUUCUCGAUGUGGCUUCACCCAGCGAGGAGGCAGACAACGUCCAUUCUAUAUACAGUCUAUGAUUUAACCUGUUUGAGGUCGUGUUUUGACUACAGCUGCCUGGAAAGAUCAGCUCAUCACAUUGCCUUCCAUUCUCAAACCAGCUCUCAAGUUUCUUUAUUACAAUUCAAUUAUUGAAAAAUGUAUUACAUUCAAUACAGCGCUGAACUGGAUCUUUAUUCAUUGCAGUUGUCACUAAUGACCAAAGACAAUUUUACAUAUUUGCAUGAAUGUCAGCGUUAAGUAUUUGCACUGCUAUCCUUCUAAACAAAGAAUCAGAAUUAGAUUUGCAAAGUUGGUUUUAGGGUCAAAUACAUUUUUUUUUAUUAUACAUUUAAUGGAAGAAAAGGUGACAGUCACAUUGUUUCAACAGAGAGCUCUUAGAAGUAAGAAAUCAAAAAAUAAAGUACAGUUUUAGAGUUUUAUUUAGCAGAUACUUUUUUCCAAAGCAACAAAAAUUUGAGAGCAACACAAUACAAAUACAACACAAGUAAGAUCUCAACAGAAGGACAUAACAUCAGCAAAAAAAGUGCUUUAAGUGCUACUGGGCAGAGUGCUGUCAUGUAGUAAAUAAGGCAUGCACCUUUUCUAAAGUAAUGUAUAACCACCGACAAUCCACCAACCAAAGUCAAUCACCAACCCAAUGAAGUCACAAUGAUGCUGUUUUCGGCACCAUCAUCAUCAUUACUAUCACCAUUAUCAUCGUCAGAGGAGAAGAGGCUCAGGGCCUUGCUGUGACGGGAGAACCAGGUGCCUUUCCUUGACACAGGGUAAAGGGUGAGAAGGAGUGUAGACCUGCGUAAGUGACUGCAGGCAAGCAUGAGCUGAUUUAGCUGCAGUAUUGAAGAAAGAAAUAGGGCUUUAUAUUUGAUGAGGGCUGCUUCUGGGAGCCAACGGAGAAUAACCAGCUGCUUUGUGGAUCAUCUAUUGAGGGUUGACUAUUUAUGCAGGGAGGCCUGCUAGUAAGGAGUUGCAGAAGUCAAUGUGUGAUUAUACAAGAGUCUGAAUGUACCAGGAGCUGUGUUGUAUUCUCUGUCAGGUAGUGUCUUCUCCUCCUCAUGUUAUAGAGGGCAGAUCAACCAAGAUGGUAUGAGCCUAGAAGAUCAGUUGGUCAUCAACCAUAGCACCCAGAUUCCAGCAGACUUAGUGGGCAUAAGUUGGUUUGAUCCAAGUUGGAUCUUGAUCUGUAGUUGUAGAGAGGGACUGGCUGGAAUGACAAGAAGCUCAGUGAGGGACAUGUUGAGCUGUAGGUGGCGUUCCUUCAUCCAUUUAGAAAUAUCACUGAGGUAUGAUGAGAUUCGGGCUGUGACAGGAGGAGCUGAAUAUCACCUGCAUAGCAGUGAUAUGACGAUCCAUGAGAUUGGAUUAUUGCAAUGAAUGAGGUUGUGCACAACAAGAAAAGCAUAUAACCGAGCACUGACCCUUGAGGACUCCCUGUUGAUAAGCAAUGUGGUUCAGACACUUUUCCACUCCAUGAUACCCUAAAAGAUCUCCCUUUGAGGUAGGACACAAACCACUGGGGGACAGACCCAGAGAUACCAAAUUCAGGGAGUGUGAAGAGGAGGAUUUGGUGGUUUACUGUGUCAAACGCAGCAGAUAGAUCCAGCAGUAGUAAAACUGAGGACCGACCUGAAGCUUUAGCCAAACGCAGUGAUUCAGAUACCAAACGCAGAGCCGUUUCAGUGGAGUGACCCCACCUAAAGAGUCUAUAUUGAUCCGUCUCUUCAGCAGAAUAAACCACAACUUAACAGCAAGGCUCUCUGACUGUUCUGAGCGAAACUGACUUUCCUCUCUUCAGACUUGUUACAGUUUUAGAUUCUUGAUACAAUAACCCUUGACUGUCCUGUUGUCAUCCCUGUCACGUCUUAUACUAUCAUUGAUGGUUAUUGCCAUAUAUGGUGUGCCAUCUGCAAAUAAAGAGAGAAUUGUCACGUUCUCUCUCUUCUUCCACAUUUCACCAUGCAGCUCUCUCAGAGGCUGUUUGUGCCCACAUAGACUGCCAUAUUGCAAUUAAAGCCUUAUUCAGGUUAAGCUGUUUAGAUGCACCCUGGAUGCCCUGGGAUUGAAUAUCCUUGAUGCCUCCAAUAAACCUAUUAACAGAGUAUUCCUGUCCACGUGCAGAGCCCUGCACACCGACAAGAGAGUCAACCAUAAACCCAUGUUUGCUUAGUUUAGGAAGGCACAACAGACAUUUGAAUGUGUUUACAGGUGUUGACAGAGAAGCAAGCCAAUAAUGAUAAGAAGACGCUUUUAUAAAUAUGAUUGUGUUAUACAGUACUUUUUCAAGAGCGUGUGAUAUGCACACAAUAAUUUGAAUUACAACCAAGCUGUCACACUUUUCCUCACUGUGUUCUGCGAUAACAACUUGUAUAACAAGGAGAUCAAUCAUCAAGGCACAUGUCGUCAUGUAAAUCACAAUCCUGACAGGGUGAGACUUGGCCCCAACACAGUGGAGGGGUCCCAUCUCACCCCUUUUUUUAACAUUUCAUUUAAAAGUCAAGUUACAACAUUAGCUGUUAACAUUAACUUUCCAGCUCCACUGCUAUUGACAGGAUUCAAGGACAGGAUACAAUUUUAAAAUAUCCAUUGUGUUUGGCAUAGUAAUAAGCACGCUACCAAGGAAUAACCAUUCCUUAAGUGUCAACAAUCAGAAGUACAAUGUGCUGGAACUCCUGUGAGUUGACUGAUUUGAUAUGAUGUGUGUGAUCUGGUUGUAUCUGGAGUGGCUCUUGUCAUGCAGAGUGAUUACCUGUCGUUAAGGGGUUUUGACUCAUCAGAAACAAGUAUUCAACAUAACUUGGUGAUUAGUUAGAAAGCCAGGUAAUAGGCUGGAGUAUGAACAUGUGUAUGCAUGAGCAAUGGGACCUUACCAGUUCUGUCUUUCUCUGUUUCUAGGACAACACUAACCUCUACAUGGUGAUGGAGUAUGUACCAGGUGGAGAGAUGUUCUCCCAUCUAAGGAGAAUCGGCAGAUUUAGGUAUGUGUCUGUUUGGAGGAAGAACUUAAGUUUACAUUAAAUACAAUAUUAAUUUAACUUAUUUCAUGUGGGUCUUAGUUGUCUAAGUUCAGAUCAGGUCUACUUCUCAGCUUUCUGGUGUUCUAUUUUAUUCUUUACUCAUGUACUCUACUCCCUUUUAUCCAGCUCUGUAUAUUAUGUGAUAUUAUGUUGUAUUAUAUUAUUUUAUAUUAUAUUAGAUCAGAUCAGAUCAGAUCAGAUUAGAUUAGAUUAGAUUAUAUCAUAUCAUAUCAUAUAUUAGAUUAGAUUAUAUCAUAUUAUAUCAUACUAUGUUAUAUCAUGUUAUGUUAUAUUAUUAUAGGAGCUAAGUCUAUACUUUAGGCUACUGAGAUGCUUGACCCAGAGUAACCCGGUUGAUGCGUCGCGCUACUGGUUUCAUACACUACCUUGAGUCUUUGAGGAUCAGUAAAAGUUCUGACACUGUUCCUCUGAUGCAGAGAACAAAAAUUUAUUGUGAUAAACACUAUCAAAGUCCAUUUGCAAUUGACAUCGAGCAACACUGAAUAAACAAAGAAAAAUGCUGGCAUUUAGCACCACAGCGGUCAAAAACCUUUUGCCAUUCCAGGUCAAUCACCUGCCCGCAGCAGUAACUUAGCUACCUUUAUUCCUGAGCCCCAGAUAACAGAACAGCGACACCUAAGGGAUACAAAUUGAACUAGAAUUCAUUUCAGGUUAUCACAUCAACAUAUUUUGCUCCUACAUUUAUGUUAUAUAAUGUUAUAUCACAUUAUGUGGUAUUAUAUCAUAUUAUUUUAUAAACAGCUGUAUUCUAUUUUAUUAUACUCUAUUCUAGUCUCUAGUCAGACAUCAGUUUUGGCUUGCAAAGUGACCAUGCCCCAUUUGGGUGAAAAUCAAGUGGCAACCUCAGUUUGUGAAAAGUAAAGCCAAUCAUUAAGUGUUAAAAACUGCAGUUCCUGAAUAACACACUUGAGGCAGGCUUAGAUAGGUCUGAAAGCCUUUAAAAAAAACAACCAUCUAAGAAGAUAAACCUGGUUCUUAACAUGAUAUGGCCCCUAUAGUUUGGGCAGAAGAAGACAAAUUUUUGAUCGCUCUUUAUUUUUGAUGAUAGUUGCAAGUUUUGCUUAAUGAUGUUAAGGAUUAGUUAAAGUGAGGCACACUGUUGGCAAGCUUCAGCUCUUUGCCUCACUAGGCAGAUGGAAAGUUAAGUUAAAUGGCGACAGCUAUCUAUAGCCUUUAAAACUCUUCUUAAAAACAAAAAAAAGAAUGGAUGACGGUGUAGUCACCAGAUGUGUUCUGGCUGCUAGAUCUGCUUGGGGCCCGGUGCCUACUGAUGACGUCACAUUAUAUGAUUGGUUUAAAGUUGGUGCGGAUGACGUGGAAGAUUGUGGACAGUCCGGAGAUUAUGGAAGCGGUUUUCGUCGGAUUAGGUUUCAUGGGAUUGUAGUUCUUUGUAGAAAACAUGGACGUAGUUUACGAAGCAAUCUUUCGCUACUUAUCAGCCAGACUACUGCCUCUCUCAGGUUGCCAAAGGAAAUGUGGAAUAAAAGCGAAACUAUCUGUGGAAAAAGGGGAAAUGCGUACAUGUUUUUUUCUUUUUCCAUCAGAAAAGUUAACAUAUACAAUAAAGCCAUCUAAAAAUUGCAGUACAGUAAGUUGUAAUUCUCUGUAUUAUAUGGAGAGAAAAUUUCCAGGUCAAUUGAAUGAACAAAUGGAAAUAAAGAAAACUGUGAGGGGCUUUUAACCUAGCACAUUUGACUUACUAAAUGGACAUAAUGUAGUUUGUCCAAGUGGACUUGCCGAAGUGUGACGUCAUCAAAAGGCACUGGGCCCCGAGCAGAUCUGGCAGCCUAAACAUAUCUGGUACCAACAAAAGCACUGAAACUGUGUUCAUGUUCAUACAGUCCACAGGGCCAAUCAAAUGCUGCAGAAGUUUCAUAAUAAUAAGAAAAGAUAUAACCUCAAAUUUGUCUAAGUGAGGCACAAGCCCUGUGGUUUGGGGCGUAAAAGCACCAUUAUAUUCACACUUCAUAAUAGCAGUCAACGGCUGCUGUGAUUAGAUUCUUCCCAAAGUCACUGAUGUAUUAAUGGUACUCUCCAUAUUUGUUAAAUACGACUAUAAGUGAGCACUGCAACAAAAGCACCUGCUUAGAAAAGUCAAACUUUCUGUUUUCUGGGUCUAGCAGAGCUACAUGAAAAUAACAGCUCCUCAUCCACGUCUCAAAAUUCUCACGUCACUUUAUUUACAGUCACGUUUGAUUGAAAAACACGGCUGGAAAAAUAAAUAGCAUACAGGUUAUGGUUCACUUUAUGUCUGUUUAAAAGUAACAGCUAACUCAGCUCAUGUCAAAUAAUGCUGAUGCAUUCAUAAGUACCAUAAGUAUCAUCCAUGUUCUUCCUCAAAUCUAAGGUUGUACAAACUAUCAUAUUACAGCCCCGUUUGGAAAAAAAAAAUACUGGCAGAUAUGUACUAUUUUAAAUUCCAUUUACCAUCUCUAACCUGUCAUCUAUUCUAUUCUGUUCAAUUCUAUUCUAUUUUGCAUUUUAAAAAGACAUUUUAUUUAUUUAUUAAUUACUAAUAACAAACAAAAUGGCUAGUCAAGCAAACCUAUUAAUUAUGACUUUUCUAAUUAUCUAUGGGUGAUGUAACAUUUCAAACAAGUACAAGUUGAAGGGUGUACAUGAGUGUCUGUCUCCAUCAAACUGGAUGAUUGACCCCAUAAUGUGGCCUAAGGUGACAUCUCUUAACUUUUGUAUUUUACCGAUCAUCACCAUACAUGUUUGGGAAUUAUUGGAUUAGAGAGCUCUGGGGCAAGGAUGAGAAGCAGCUUAACACUUAUCUACACAAAGUAGCAAACAAUUGAAAAGUUAUCUUGAAGGCAAGAGCCUUUGGUGUAGUGCUUAUUUGUUUCUCUGUGAAUGGGGAAAUAUAACCAAGAUUUGGCUAGGACAUCACAACAAAUAGUCCACGUAAGUGACUUUGUGAAGAAUUCAGGGAGAGGGUCAGCCUGCAGGGACAAAAUGCCAGUGCCAAAGUUAACCACAUGUACCAACUCAAAACCGCAAACUGAAUCUUACCAUCUUUUACCCUUUGACAAAGACUAUAGUACUGUGUUUAAUAGUUUGAAGUACAAAUUGAUUUGCGAGAGUGUCCAGUCACGGAUGGUCUCCUUGUUUUCUGGUUAUUGUUCUAUUCUAUUCUAUUCCCGUUCUUUCUAGGUCUGGUUUGGUCCCUCUUAGUUAAUUUAUUUUUGUUUGUUUUUUCUGUUAAGACUUGACUUCACUCUUUCUGCCUUUUCUCUUUUAUCGAUACCUGUGUGUAGUGAGCCUCAUGCUCGGUUCUACGCAGCUCAGAUCGUCCUGACCUUUGAGUACCUUCAUGCUCUGGACCUGAUCUACAGAGACCUGAAACCUGAAAACCUGCUCAUAGACCAACAAGGCUACAUACAGGUAAACCACUCCUGAUGCAUAAACAUGAGAUACUUAUCAUGCAUGUUUUCAGAGGGUCUAUUCAGAGAGCAGAAGGCCUAAUUUAGUCAUUACACCUCAGUGGGAGUUCUCUUUACAGUUCCAGCCAUGCCUUUUGUCCGAGUGUCUGUUGGGAUUUUGGUUUUAUUUCAAGGUUCAAACUGGUUCAGUUGUGUGUUUGCUGGGACUGAUCCUCAACCCUCAGACAACUUCCUUAAACACAGCUUUUAAGUGUGAAGGGAGGUUUGAAAUCUAAAAUUUGACCUCAGCUGUGUUUGUUGGCCUCUUUGCAACCGUGAUUUCUUUCAUGAAAAUUUAUCAUUUAGUUAUCGAUUUUUUGUGAUUAUUAAAAAAUGAGAUGAGAAAUUAAGGGGAUAUUCCGGCGUAAAUUUAAGUUACGGUCAAACACACCGUAACACUGAGUUAGACACACCCUCGAGAGAUGAAUGUUGCCAACUGUUUGCUUCUCUAUUUAUACCAACUUUAGUAACGACCGCACGAUAGCAAUACACAGCAGUCUAUGGCUCCACACGGAAAUCUCAACCAAAAAGCCACUCUGUAGCCACAAAUAAUGCUCAGAACAGCACCUAACUUCAUCAUCAGUAUAUAUAGGGUCCCAGCCAUAGUACUAGCCAUCAAACAUCUUUUUAGCUUUGCCUGGUUUCUUUAGCAAUGAGAACAAACACAACUCAACCCCACCUCCAGCAGCUGCUUGUUUGUAGGGGAGCCCUGAUGAGUCGAUCAACGAGUGCAGCAGAGUUUUGCAGCUCAAGGAAGAACUUUUAUGAUUAUUUUUUUUAAUGAAAAUGCAAUCAGACCAAGACACUUAGCAGAGAAACUACGGCGCCUGCAGUGCAAAAUGAUUAUCAUGAUGAUAAUUACUUCAUGGAAAUGAAAUGAAAGGAUCUGGAUAAUAUAUUUCUAUAUUCAUAUAUUUUUUUAACAUUCUGGUUAAAUGCACUAUAAACCAUACAUUUAUAAUGUAAUAGGCUCACUGCUUAUAACACUUCAUUAACAUUACUGUAAGCUGUUAUGAAAGCUUAUUAUCACUCAUAAGAGUUGUUAAAAAGCCUUAUAGAUGGAAUUAAAAGGAUUUAUAAAUGUGCUAAUAAUGCAUGAAAAGAGGUGACCAACACAUCUAUCUUAAAAAAUAAAUAAAUAAAUAAAUAAAACUUCUCAAAUGAUUAAAAGACAAAGGCAGACUGGUUUUUCCUGGUAAAGUUACAAUCCAUUCAUUAGCUAACAAUUAUAAAUCAACUGGCCAAGUAAUCUAACUUGAAGUAACAUUUAAAAAAUAUCCAUGUAGGCUUGCUGUCUGAAGACCCUUGUUGUCAGAACAAAAUGAGAUUUUAUUCACCACAACAUUAUAUUCAGCAACAUUCAACAGACAUGCAGCAGUUGUCUGUUCGUGGUCUUUGUAGUCUUUGGAAAUAAAGGCAUGAAAACCUAAAAUGUCAACUUUAAAUUUGAAACAUCAGCAGUCCUCUGCUUAGCUAAUGUAAGUCCAAUGGAGACUGUUCAUCACAACUGAAUCUUUUUCCCUUUGCAGUUUCUGCAUGUUAAGUGUGAAGUCAAUAUAGGUUGGAGUGAAAUGUUGAAACAGAUAGAAGAUAUUUUUGUGAAACGUAGUCACAGCUGUAGAAAACUAUUACAACACAGCUACAUCAAGAUAAGGAACUAUUAGAAUAAAAUACCUGCUGAGAAUUUUCUGACUAAAUAUAAAAUAUUACAAAAGCACAAGCCUUGAAGUAGAUUUUUUUCAGUUUUACUUUGAAAGUCAUUAUGGAGUUAUAAUCUUGCAAUGUAAACAAAUUAAUCUGUGUCUGAUUUUAAAACAAGUUGCAUGUAUCUUUAAAGCUUUAUGUGAGAGUGAGUGAGUUAUCCAUUCUGUCAUUUUAUUUCCAUUGGGCUUAGAUAAACGUAAGGUUUUACAUAUUUUUGCUUGAAUUGUGAUUUUCAUUUUAGCUGUAUGUCAACCACCCCUGCUUCUUAUGGAAACUGUUAAUUUGGGUUCUGUCUUAAUCUGUGAGAUCGAUGGACAGAGGGGGUAAAAACUAAACCAACCAUUUCAAAAAGUGAAAAUUAAGAGACAGAUCGGUAAAUUUCUGAAAAAUAAAGGAUGUCUCCAAAAAAGAAAUACCAAAUAUUCCUAAUAAUAUGGAAUAUAAAUUAAAUGUUUACCUCAAAGUGGAGCGAUGUAUUUGCAGAGCAGAGUGCUGGCUUCUUCAGGCUGUUUUUAAGCACAGAGUCUGUUGCCCUCUAGUGGUGAAUAGUGAAGCAGCAGAUAUGGAACAGUUCUAUUGCUUCCUGUAAGUCCUUGCCUCGGGUCUCUGCCCAUCCUUUUUAUCCUCCUUUAUGUAUUUCUUAUGCUUGAAUUUAGCUGUCCAAUGAGAGGGUCCCCCUCUCAUUGUGUCCUUUCUCUAAAUCUCUUCUUUUUGUUGCUAAGGUGACAGAUUUUGGUUUUGCCAAACGUGUAAAGGGCCGGACCUGGACACUGUGUGGCACCCCAGAAUAUCUGGCCCCAGAGAUUAUUCUUAGCAAGGUAAGCCAUUCUAGUUUCUCUCUUUAUUCUAUAUACCAUUGGCUGUACUUUUUUUUUUUUCCAUACCUAAACCAAAAAUAUCAACCCAUAAAAAAAUAUGUUGCCUUUUUUUGCAGGAUAGUCAUAGAAAGGAUAGGCAGGGUUGAAGGUUGUGUUGUUGCUUCUGACCUGUUGUGAGACAGAUUUUUUAAAGUUUCUAAUGAACAGAGAGAGCACACACACAUAGCCUAAAGUCUAAAUGAAGAUCUGCCUGGAUUAACUGUCUCUUACAGUCUUUUUUUCUGUCUACCCUUCUCUUCCUUGUUUGCCUCUUUGUGAAAUCCACCAGGGGUAUAACAAGGCAGUGGACUGGUGGGCGCUGGGUGUUCUUGUCUAUGAGAUGGCAGCAGGGUACCCGCCUUUCUUUGCUGACCAGCCCAUUCAAAUCUAUGAAAAGAUCGUAUCAGGGAAGGUGAGUCUGACUUGCUGGUUAUUAUUUUGUGCUUCACCAUCUGUUUGUUAUAUCUCAGGCUUGUCCUUAGUCCCUGACUUGUUUCAUCCCUUGGGUGUCAUAGUUUAGAUUCCAAAUCAAAGAGGGUUUAAAAUGAGGUUUGACUUUACUUUCAUUUAGGGGUGUCCCGAUACAACUUUUUUACUUCUGAUACGAUACCUAUAUCGUAGCCUUUGAUAUUGGCACAAACUUGUGCAUGGAGUCUGGAAUGGACUGCUUGUAUCAGAGUGCUGAUAUCGGAGGUUUUAGAUGCAGACUGGUAUAAUCCAAUAUUUGUUUUUUGGCUUAUAUUGGACCGAUAUCAAUAUCGUAUCAGGACAGCCCUACUUUUAUUAAUUGAAAUCAACCGCCGGAAAGAGGUUUUAUCACUGCUUGUUCAUUUUAAUUUUAGCGAUUUUAAAGACAUGAUGUUUUCUUACUCUGGAAAUAACUGAGAAAACAACCAAAAGCUUAAUUUUUUUACAUAAACUAAUGAGUCUCCCUGUCACACUUUUGUCCUACAUACUGACAUCACGUAUUGGUUUCUGAAGCUGACCUUUGAAGCUGCAGUGGCCAUAUUUAAGACGUUGACUCUAACUUACUUUGAGUAAACCGAGCAAGAGGCAAAGAGGUGAAGUUGAGGCAUGCCUUUUUCCUCCUUACUAACAGCUAAUCAAGCCUCAUGCCCUUAGUAAGGCAAACCUGUAACCUUGAUUUGUUCUGUAUUCUCUCUGUUUAUUUCAUACUUGAGCUAUAAAGACAGAUAGAUAGGCCUUGAUUGUCCGACUGUUGCUGCAGUCUGUACAGAGUAUGCAAACAUAGAAACAUGCGGAUACUUAAACUCACAUACACAUACGCUCAACCAGCUAUCAGGGUUUUUUUUUAUCAGGAGUGUAAUGACAGAGUGCUCUUUUCCAGGCCUGUAUCAGUGUGAAGAAAGCUUAGAGAGGGUUCCUGAGAUAAAGUGUUAAGGUGCAUGCUUUGGGUGUUGGUUCUGAUGUCUUCACCAUUAAGGUCAGACAAAUGUGGUGAGGGGAGGUCGAUAAUUUUAGCAGCACUGUAUGAGUAUGGGUAAUGUAUAAGUUUGAUUUUAUUUAUGCCAUUUGUAUGUUGUACUGGGGACAGUAGAGGAGAAAUGUUGGAAUAAUGCUUAAUAAUGGAAUAAUAAGACAGUCUUUGCUGACAGGACGUCAUUUUUGGUGUGUUGAUCAGAAUCUAUUGUCCAUGUGGUGAGUCCGGGUUUCAUUGUUGACGCAGAUGAGGUUGUUGGUGGGGUUCUGUGCUGGUCUGUGAGUGCUGGAGGAGCUGAGAACUAAUUCUUUGGUUUUUGCCACUUUCGGUAGCUGAGGGUUUGUGCAGUUUGGUUGUCAUAUUUUAAAACCGAUCUCUUGACUUUAGACCGAUAGGGGGUGUAAACUUCAAUUCUGACAAUUUCAUCUUGUUUUCUCUUACGGUAAGAGAGAAAAUACCACUAGCAAGUCUGAGUCUACAUUCUUGUAUUCGUAUUGGUGGGACUUUAGUGAGUGUGUAAAUGCAGUCACUGGCAUUUGAUGUUUCGCCUAUAAAAAUGUAAAUCUGAUGCGAUGAGACUUGAACUGUAUUGAUAACCACAGGUAAUUUGUGAAACACUUUUUUUUGUACUGUUAUCUGUUUGAAGCAUUUCCAUUUUUAUUCGAGGUUGAACAAAGCUUUUGUUUGUUGUUGCCUGUUGAACUUUGCAUGGUUCACUGGCAUUGCACUCAGUUUUGUUUUCAUUUUGAAGUCAGGUCAGUUCAACCACUUGGGCACUGGUGCAUCCGGCCAUGUGCUUCUGUUUUCUGUCCAUGUUUAAUGCAACAUUCAAAGGCACAACACUGGAAAUCACUUCUUGACUGUUCAGCAAAUAUUGGAGAAAGACUGAUGAAUUGGCCAGCCAAUUAAACAGACCGAUUAAUCAGACCAUUUUGACAUGAUCGGCAUAAUUUUGGCGUCAGUCCUCACAAGGCUAAUAUCACUGUUCUAAUUUUUAAAGGAAAGCACAUUGUUCUCAACUUUAGCAAAUCAAAUCUACAACAGUCACUGGAUAGUGUUUCAUAUAAAGUCUGUUGUGGUAAAUCAAAUAAUGCAUAUUUAUCAGACAUAUUCUGAAAUCUACAGUAACAUUCAUUCAUUAGACACCCAUUUGAAACAUGUCAGUAACUAAGAUAAAUAUCUGUAUUUGAUGUUGAUGUGCAUGGAGAUAUGGAUUUUGACAUGACUAAUUUUGUAUUUAACCUCAAUAUUUUACUUGUAUGUUUGUCUUUUAUCAUAAUGGCUAGAUAGAAAUCCAAUAGUCCCUUGUGACAACCCAAAGCUGAGGAUAUUGUCUCUUAAAAUGCAUUAAAUAAAAUAUGCUUAAUUAAAAAUUAAACAUUUUUUUUGUCAUUGCCAAUAUUAAUAAAUAAUUAAAAAAUUAAAACAACAUCAUAUUCGUAUUUUAUAUCAGCCAAACUGCCGUCUUAUUAUUGGCAUCAGCCGUUGAGAAAGUGAUAUCGGUCGAUCACUUGCAGACACAAGUUGGAUUCAUUGUCCACAUGGGUGAAAUGGAUGAAAGGGUCUCCAAACUUAACUGCCACUUCAUCUGUCUGUCUGUUCUCUGUUGUAGGUGCGUUUCCCAUCUCACUUCAGCUCAGACCUGAAGGACCUCCUGAGGAACCUGUUACAGGUGAAAGCAAAUAUCUCAUCAAAUCCCAUGUUGUGGUUUCAGUGACUCUGUCUUUGUUUAAUUUUUUGUUGGCUUUGAUUGGUUGAGUGUAAAAAUAUUGAAACUGUAUUGCCGUCAUCCUCAGGUGGACCUUACAAAACGUUAUGGGAACCUCAAGAACGGGGUCAACGACAUCAAGGGACACAAGUGGUUUGCAACCACUGACUGGAUUGCCAUCUACCAGAAAAAGGUAAACAUAAAUACAUACAUGCGCUUGCUGUUGAUGUGCCAUGCCCCUGCUGAAGAGCUCAAUAUUAACUGGUGCUUGUCUUUAGGUGGAAGCUCCCUUCGUCCCCAAGUUCAAAGGACCAGGUGACACCAGCAACUUUGAUGACUACGAAGAGGAGGAGAUUCGCGUCUCCUUCAACGAGAAAUGUGCCAAGGAGUUUGCAGAGUUCUAG